AAAAUUUAAAUUGAACCAACCAGCUCGGUUCGUAAAACCCGAACCCACGGCUCGGUCUGCAUUACUGUUUAUAUAGCCAAACACCACGCUCUCGCAACUUAUAACCUAAAACCUCUCGUUCAUUUCCAUCUCUAGUCACUGAAUAUUUACCGGCCACCGGAAAGGGUUUUUGGAUUGGAUUUAUCGGAUCUCGAUCAGCAUGACGGAGAAUUCUGAAAAUCCGAUUGAAUCUGUUAUGGAGAAGAUAAGUGAAAAGAUUCACGCUCACGAUUCCUCAUCGUCGGAUUCGGAUUCGGAUUCUGAGAAGAAACCGUCAUCUCCGUCGUCGAUGAAGGCUAAGAUUUUCCGGUUGUUUGGCAGGGAGAAACCGGUUCACCACAUUUUUGGCGGAGGAAAACCGGCUGAUGUGAUCUUAUGGAGAAACAAGAAGAUCUCAGCUAGUGUGCUUUUAGUCGCUACUGCAAUUUGGAUCCUUUUCGAGUUGAUUCAGUAUCACCUCCUUGCUCUAGUGUGCCAUGUUCUGAUUCUCUCACUUGCAGUCUUGUUUUUGUGGUCCAAUGUUCAUACAUUUAUCAAUAAGACUUCACCCCGUAUCCCGGUAGCUCAUAUUCCUGAAGAACCACUCCUCCAGAUUGCUUCUGCACUCACAAUUGAGAUCAACAGGGGAUUUGCGGUCUUACGUUCUAUUGCAUCUGGAAAAGAUUUGAAGAAAUUUUUAACUGUUGUUGCUGGAUUGUGGGUACUAUCAAUUGUUGGGAGUUGGUGCAACUUCUUGACCUUGUUUUAUAUAUGCUUUGUUUUAUUGUACACUGUUCCGGUUCUGUACGAGAAGUACGAGGACAAGGUUGAUCCAUUUGCAGAAAAAGCGUUGAUUGAGAUUAAAAAGCAAUAUGCCGUGUUCGAUGCUAAGGUUUUGAGUAAGAUUCCGGUCGCUGCAUUGAAAGCUAAGAAGCUUUAGGUAGAUUGGUAAUUCUAUUGCCAUGAAGACAUUUUGGUUAUCAUGCGAUUGUUUGUGAUAGCUCAAUAUUUUGCUAGAGCUCUUCAUUUUUCACCCCAUCUACUGUUUUCCAAGAGUUAGGAUUGCAGUUUGAUUUACUUUAGGUUUUUAUGGGGUUACUUAAAAUUGUAGCUUUGUUUUGAAAACUUUAUUAUCUAUCUGGAGGUUGUAGCACCGGCAUAACAGGAAUUUUGACAUUAUUUUUGUGUUGGUGAACUUUUGCUUUGUUGUA